AUGGCCCGUCGCUGGGCAUCGCCCCGCAGAGUGCCUCUGAGUGCCAGGGCUAUCCGGAGCAGUGCUGAUUGGCCGGUGGUGCAUCGAAAACCGCAUUCAGCACGGCGCUUCAUCGCAGCCGCAGCGAACGAUUCCAGCGAUAUUUCUGAUGAUAGUGGCGAGGAAGAGCCUGCAGCCUUGGAGGAAUGUGUCACGGACCGUCGGAUAGUGGCACGAAUUUUGCGCAGCACUGGACUUCGGGGCCUUGUGACCGGGCCAAUGGGUGCAGGCUUGGUCACUUCAAGGAUUGCUGGCUUUGGCAAGGGCGUCUCGCCGUCGACCCGUAUUGAGAACUGUGUCGCUGUCGCUCUGAACGAAGCGGAUGUUCGCACCGAGGGCGGCCGCUUCUUUGUAUUGACGGCAGCACAUGAUGGCUUCAACCUGACCUGGGUUCCGUCGGUUUCGGCGCGAGAAGGGCUGCGACAAGCUGACCAGGCGCCAGAUGGCUGGUUGCAGGUGGCGCUGCUGCCUUUCCGCUCUGUUUUCUCGAAACACGAGGGCUUAGCAGCCGCUGCAACGAAUAGAGCGCGGAGAGCAGGCCCCGCGGCGGACGACCUACCACCCUUGCAGACUCCUCCCGACGCCUUGCUUGAGGAGCUGAAGCAGCUGGGCCUGGAUGGCCUGAGAGCCUUGAUCUUCGUCCUUGCCAAGAUCUACCAGACGCCCGACAAUGCUUUCCAGGCAAUGAGUCCCGAGCACGCUCAGGCAACCGCGCUGGAUCUUGAGAACCUCUGCCGCAGGCAGCUUGGUUAUGAUGUCGAGUCCCUGACCGGCGUGAAGCCCCUCCUGCUUUUCGCGGAGCUGGACGUGCGAAGCAAUGGCUUCAUCACUGUUGAGGAUCUGGGUUGCAGCAGUUCAUCUCCAGAGAAGUCUUUGCCAUGCAGCUGCGCAGCUGUUGGCCACGCCUGUAUCUCCCAGGUCUGGAAGCUAGGCAGUGGCAGCGAAGGAGACAUAAGACGAAUGUCGAACUACAGCAGCGCCCUAUCCUCCGGCAUGAAGUCGAAGAAGGGAGCCAAGGUGGCCGCACCUGGCUUGAGGCGCCUGGAGCGGCCUCGUGCUGGGACGGCCUCGGGAAGUGAUGACGGGUCACGAACGACCCGAAGGGAAGCGCAUCGACAGAAUGAUGCGAUUCGGAAGGAGCGGGAGAACCGAGAAAUGCAGGACACGCACCUAGACCUGGAGAGGGAGCGCUUUAUCACUACAGUGCAGAGAACCACCGUGCUACACCCUUUGGAUUACAACGUCACGAGGAGGAUGUUCGAGGAGAUGGAGUCGAAGCAUCGGCUGGUGCAACGGCUGAGUGCGGAGGCAGAAGCCGCCUUUGCGAAGAGCCGCGGAAAAGUUGUAGAGGAAGAAGGUGACGAAGCACGUGUGCCGCUGCCUGACACCCAAAUCAACGAGCCAAAGGAAGCGGAGAAAUCUCAGAUGCCCAAGAAGAGCUCACCGAACACCCCACGAGCUCUUCUCGAGAUGUCACGGAGCCGCGGUGGCCGCGCAAACAAUCCAGUCAAGCCUGUCCAAAAGGAGGCGGACAUCGAAUCCACCAGCAGCAAGCCACUCCCUCAGGCCAGGAAGCUGGCACUAGCACGUGAGCAGGCAGCUCGGCAGCCCAGCCCAGUCCGGACGCGAGUGGAAAUUGCGACUCUGGUGGUCGAUGCUCUCCGGCCGCGUGGAUUUGAUGCAUCCCGUCGCGUGGGAGAUGUUGCGACAGCAUUGUACCUUCCGAGCCGGCGGCUUCUAGACGAUGGGGCCCUGGCGGUGGAAACGGUCCUAGCAGGAUUUGAGAGCGGGCGCGUGGCCAUCUUCAAGACUUUUUUCCCGGAAGAUUUCGUCACCGAGUCAAGCGACAAGACAAUGACCUUGGAAGAAGUCAUGGAAGAACGAGAGGGGAUCAAAAGCCUUGCAAACGGUGAGCCGGUGUUGCAAGCACAAGAGCCUCUCCUCCUGGAGCAUUACCAUUGUGACAGUCCGGUUGUCGCAUUGUUCUGGCAUCAGAUCAUGGGCAUUUUCAGCAUCUCGACGAAUGGUCGAGUGGUGGUGGCGGAUAGUUGUGGCGUGAAGACUUUCUCCAUCUCGGAGGCAUGCGGCCGAAAUGCCACAGCAACUUCUGCAGACAUGUCAACACAGCUGGAGCAGCUUGCCGUGGCCGGUCAGCGCGGCAUCCAUCUGUGGCAGACCCUGUCGCAGGCCAAGUACGGGGUGGUUGGCACGGUGCAGGACGGCGCGGAUGUCAACCCGGAGCAGAACAAUAACUUCAUGCUGGUGCGAUACAUGCCGACCGGGAAGUUCCUCCUGACCCUGAGCCAGGACAAAGGUGAUGUCAAGCUAUGGGAUGCUCGUAGCCUGGAGUUGCAUUGUUCGCUGCGGCCCGGAGAGAGCUCGGUGGACUGCGCAUUCUGGGAACCACGCUGGGAGACUCUCUUGAUGUUCACUGCGAGUGGCGUUACCGAGAUUGAGCUCCGGGAGCAACCGACCAAUCAGGAUGAAUUGGAAUUGGCCGGGCCUUCACGGCAAAUCCGCACCGCCAAUGUCCACAAGCAGCUUCGGGCUUUGUAUGGGGACUCUGAGACCUGGUCCGUCUGGCAAUGCUGCCAAUGGGGCGCACAGGAGUGGCAUGACGCCUUUCAGGACAGGGGGCCCGGUUCGAGCGAAGGCCGACCUGCUUGGAGACGGCGGAGGUCCGUUGAGGCGGAACCGCCCUGCUACUGCUUCCCCGGCCCAUCCGGGAAGAACUGCGUCACCAGUGGGCCGCAACUCCCGGCCGCCUUCGCCGCAGCGACCUUCCUCGCCUUCGCCUGCGCGAGAUGGCUACCCUCCAGCCCCAGGUGA